UCUCCCUUCUCCACUUCCAGCUGUUUUUGGAGCAUGCAGCAGGAGCGGGGCAAGUUCUCCACCAAUUGUUUUCGGUCCUGAGAGGAGCUCUGCGAUCGGACCCCUCCCUCCUUCUAUCUCUCUCCCCACUCUCUCUCUCCUUUGUCUCUCUUCCCCUCUCUCUCUCCUCCCCUUGUUGUGACAGAGCACACCUGCUUGAUCUUGGCUACACGCGCUCCGAGUCCAAUUACCCCAUAGGCCCUCGCAGCCACUUCACAGUCUCAUCCCCCCCACUCGACUGGAUUUUUGGGAGUCAAGCUCAUCUCUCUUUGCCUUGCUUCUACUGAGAACAGGCUCCCUGCUAGCAGCACCAUGAGGUCAGUCUGUCUCUCUCUGCUCCUGGUCACUGCCUGCUGGGCUCUGCCCUUCCGCCAGUCCGGCUUCCUCGACUUCAUGAUGGAAGAUGAGCCAGGAUCAGGAGAUCUGGAUCAGACCAAAACUAUAGACUUCCCUGUCAUGCCUACAGGACCCAAGUGCCCCUUCAGAUGCCAGUGCCAUCUGCGCGUGAUCCAGUGCUCUGACCUCGGUCUGAAGACGGUUCCUGGGGACAUCCCAGAUGACACCACCCUGCUGGACCUGCAGAACAACAAGAUCACUGAGAUCAAGGAGAAUGACUUCAAAAACCUCAAAGGGCUUCAUGCUCUGAUCCUGGUGAACAACAAAAUCACCAUCAUCCACGCCAAGGCCCUCAGCCCUCUGACCAAGCUGCAGCGUCUCUACCUGUCUAAGAACUUGCUGAAGGACAUGCCCGCCAACAUGCCCAAGAGCCUGCAGGAGCUGCGCAUCCACGAGAACGAGAUCACCAAGAUCAAAAAGGCCUCCUUCCAGGGCAUGUCCAGUGUCAUCGUCAUGGAGCUUGGGUCCAACCCCCUGAAGAGCGCAGGAAUCGACAACGGUGCUUUUGCUGACCUGAAAAGGGUCUCUUACAUCCGCAUUGCUGACACUAACAUUACAGAAAUACCCAAAGGUUUGCCCAGCUCUCUCUCUGAGCUCCACCUGGAUGGAAACAAGAUCACCAAGGUGACAGCUGCCAGCCUGCAGGGCCUGAAGAACCUGGCCAAGUUGGGUCUGAGCUACAAUGACAUCAGCUCAGUGGAAAACGGCACAAUGGCUAACGUCCCCCACCUGCGAGAGCUGCACCUCGACAACAACGGUCUGACCAGCGUUCCUCCUGGCCUCUCCGAACACAAGUACAUCCAGGUGGUCUACCUCCAUGCCAACAAGAUUGCUGCUGUUGGAACAGGGGACUUCUGUCCUCCUGGCCUCAACAGCAAGAAGGCCAUGUACUCUGGCAUCAGCCUCUUCAGCAACCCUGUGCCUUACUGGGAAGUUCAGCCAAUCACCUUCCGCUGUGCCUCUGACCGCUCCGCCAUCCAGCUCGGCAACUACAGGAAGAAGUAGAGCGUGCCGCGUGCCUCUGCGAAGAAGUGUGUUUGUAAAUGAGUGUGUGAAAGUUUUGUAAGCGUGCGUGUUUGACCGCAGCCCCACAACACUGACCCCACCCACCCACCCACCUCCCCACAAACGACGAUGUCCAUAAUCCACUCGCUCAUUUUCAAACUUUGAUGGACAUGGACCUCAAACACAACAUAUCAUACAUUAUUUAGCUUCGAGGUUGGUGCAACAUAGUACACACAGACACACACACACACACAGCUUACAGCAAACACCAGCAUACUAUGGUGAUGCUCUCACACACACAGCACAUCAUUCAUAGAAGCAGUUAAGCAAGCACUAACGUUGCAAAAAUGUUUUCACAUGCUGUAACAAAUUAUUGUGCCAGAAAUUGAAAUUAAGAGGUGUUCCCUAACCAAAAAGAUUUGAAAUCUCACUCAGUGGAAAAUGUUAUAAAUCCCAGUUUGGAACUUCUCAACCUUAAGUCAUUGAACUAUAAGACAGCUGACCUGUAGAGCAGGCAGCAAGGGGUUAACUUGUGUUUUACAAUACCGUUAACAACUGGUAUACUAGAAUGUACUAGAUAUUACCUGUGUACUAGGAAUAGCAUUUAGAGUGUAACAUUACCACGCUGCACUCCAUGAAAGAACUGAGUUUCUAUUUGUAUUGUAUUCAAUUCAAGUAGAGAUAAAAGCAACCGUGACGUCUAUCACGUUGUGAUUUCUUGUGCUUACUUCAGUGUUGAUUUAGUUCUGAGUGUUUUUACACUUUUCCUUCAUCACAUUUCAUCCCUUGUUCCUCUCGUAGUGUAUGUUGUUGCCAUUAAAACAAGGUGAAAAUAACUCCUAAAAAUGUAGAAUAAACCAUAUAUGUUUUAAACAGAAGCCAUUCCCAAAGAUUUAUAUGCAUGCUCUUAUUUUAUUUUAUUUUUUUCCCCUUUCAACUUGAAUCUGGUGCUUUCUGGAAUCUCUUGUUAAUGUGUGUAUGUAUUUCUUGCCAUGUUUCCUUGCCUUUUAUUUCCUUUUCUUGAAAGUCAAGAAAAAUUGGAGGGUGCACGUGGACUGGCAUGCCCACUGCAACCACGUUGGUGUGAAUGUUGUAUGUAUAGACGCUGUAUAUAAAUGCUGUAUAAAAACUUCUCAUUGCUCAAAGGCACAAGCACUUAUCAUAGCUCAGACUUAAUAUAUCAGCUACAAAGGUGUUCCUCUUUUUUUUCCUCCCCGGAGCAGGGGCUCCAGCUAAGGUGUCCUGAACAAAAUAAAAAUACUAAUGGAAAAAGUU